AUAAAUACACAUUCUGACGUCCUGAACCCUCGAGACCGUGUACGACUGUGGUAGUACAACUGAUUUAUCAUUUAUGGAUUUAUGUAAUAAGGGCUGUUUAAGAUUAACCAGUGAGUGACAGGGGUCGGUGCCCUAGCUCGCGCACGUUCUCAGUAUUAUCGUGACCGCCCAGUUCGCACCCUUUGUACCUGCGCGCUGCCUCGCUCCUCUUAAACAGCGAGCGCUUUUCCAGUUAUUACUCAGCGGGCUGCGCGGUCACUUCUCACGCGCAGCUCGGGUGCGCGCGCGCGCCGAACCAAGGAAGGCGGCUGGGGCGAGCGCUCCUCGCGAGCGCUCGAUUUUGAAAAUGCAGACGCCGCUGUGGACUUUUCGCCGCCGGUCCGCACACCGUCCGUGAGGAGGACAGGUGAGCACUGAGACGAGUUAGCCUGCUCCUGUCUCGAGCGAAUUAUGCAAACUGUUUCUUUUUUUUUUUUUUCUUCCUGCAACUUUGUAGCAGACACAGUCAGUAUCAUACUGAGUUAGUAUGGUCUCAGAUGGAAGGAAGGAGUCGAAUUUUUCACGUCGCUGUUCUGCUAAAACGGUUUUGAAUUGGAAAAAAGAAAACGCAGAGGCUGCAGCUUCUUCUUGUCUCUGAGUCUUCAAUAAUAAUAAUAAUAAUAAUAAGAAGAAGAAGAAGAAUAAAACACAUCCCCGUAUAUGUUUUCGAAUUAUAUUUUGCUUUGUUUUUUGGUCGCUGAAGGGGAACUUUUCGGAGGCUCCGCGGUAGGUGGUCCGAGAUCGUGUCCGCGCGCCCGCCGCGCCGGCCGUGCCGCGUGCGUGCGAUGCUCGAGCUGCUGGGUGCUCUGUGCGUCCUGCUGCUGCUGGUGGCCUCCCUGUGGCCGGCGUCGCGCUUCCUCGGGUCAGGAAGCCGACCGGCGGCGGCGCUGCAGCUCUGCCCGCCGCUGCCCAGCGGAAUCUCACGGCUCCCGCCGGCGUUGCCGUUGCGGGAGAAGGAGCCGCCGGUGGCGGUGAGGUGCGUGUCGGACCCCAGCAGCAGCAGCAGUACCGCGGGCGCGGCGGCCACAUCAUCAUCAUCAUCAUCAUCAUCAUCGGCGAGCGAAAGCGACGCGCCAGUGGCUCUGAUCUGCAAACCCUCGGCGCUCGCCAACUACCUCCUGAAGCACUGCGCGACUUUCUGCAGUUACGCGGCCGCUCCGCGCUGGAGCUGGAGGUCGAGCGCGCUUCUGCAGACCGCGUUCGGCGCCUGCUGCUGGCCCUCGGACUGCGCCGUGCAUUUCGCCCGCGAUCAUCUGCAGAUGAGCGACGGCGGCAUCGUCUCCCUGGACUGGGCAGCCGCGGGGUCCGCGCCCCACAGACGGCGGAGGACGUCGAGUAACUGCAGCAGCCCGGUUCUACUCAUCAUACCCAACUCCUUUGGGAAGAUCACCAGGAAUGUCCUAAAGCUUUGCGAGGUGGGCCUUAUUCAUGGCUACCAGCCUGUUGUGUUCAACCGCCGCAGCCACAACGGCACACCCCUCAGCACGGUGAAGCUACAGCAGUUCGGUGACCCGGCAGACCUGCGUGAGGCCGUAUGUUACAUCCGCUACCGGCAGCCAGCCAGCCGCAUCUAUGCAGUGAGCGAGAGCACGGGCUCGGGGCUGCUCCUCUCGUACCUGGGGGAGUGUGGCUCUUCGAGCUACGUUACGGCCGCUGCUUGCAUCUCGCCCAUCUUCCGCUGUCAGAGCUGGUUUGAGAGCGGCCCAUCCUGGCUCUGUCACUGGGCUCUGCUGCUCUACCAGAAAUUCAACCUCAGCAGGUAUAAGACGGCUUUGGGGGAAGUGGUGCACACAGACACCCUGUUCUCCAGUUGUUCCUUGCGGGCCCUGGAGGAGGCGCUGUUCUGUCAUUCUGGACUGAAGGGAGACUCGUUGUCAGCGGGGGCAGGAGGCGGCUGGGACUCCUACUGGGAGCGCAACGAGCCUCUGCGAGACGUGGACGAAGUGGCCGUGCCUGUGCUGUGCGUGUGCAGCCAGGACGACCCUGUGCGGGGUGGGGCACAAGCCACGUUGCCCCUGGAGCUCUUUGAAAACAACCCGCACUUCUUCCUGUUGCUCACAAGCUGCGGCGGGCACUGCGGCUUCUCCGCACCCGGGGAAGGAGCCGAGCCCUGGGGGCCCCGGGCAACGCUGGAGUUUUUCCGCGCCACCACGGACUUCUUUGCUGUCGAGGAGCGGGCCAAACUCGCCGCGCGAAGACGGGGCCUCGGGAGCACCGCCGGGGGCAGGGCAUUCCGCGACCGUAGCGUGAGCACUUGCAAAAGGUUACCUGCCUGCGCACACAACAUCCAUGCCAUCUACAGCUGGCAGAGGUCCUACACCAGGUAGGGGCUGCUACAAUCACCCCAGCAGUUGGGGUGGAGGAGCAGGGCGCUGUGAAGCUGGGCUGGAGUCGAGUCUGGACCACACAGGGCGAGGCAGACCUCCACCCCAGUUGGAUGGGACCCCCAGCUGCGCAAGGACUCAGCGUAGUUGUAGCGGCAGUGUGGCGUCUCAGUGAAGGUGGUUGCUCUGUCCGUCUGCAGGGCUGCUGCUGUAGAUCCCUGUGUCCUAACCUGGUGGUUCUUGCAUUUAACAAUGAACCCAAAUCAAAUGUUAUAUUGUUUGCCAUCUUGCACACUCACUGUGGGCCAGAGAUCAGCGUUAAUAAGCUGGGAUGUGGAGGAGAAGGAGGGUUUUGGGUUACUCUCAAACGAAACGUGUCCUUCUAAAUCUUUUCGACUUUCAGGCUUUCCAAGAAUGGUUAUAACAGCAGGGCUAUGAUGGUGACUAAAGGUUCUUCUGUUUCACUUUUCAGAACAUGACUCUCAGUUGUAUCAGCACUGUGAUGGGAAUGUGGAUGCCUUGUUGAUGUCCAGCUCUGUGACGUGCUGUGAAAAACAUUUAAAAUAUUAUGUUUGCCCAAAGAUGUAACAGAAACUUCACCAGAGCUUGUUUUCCCUUCUUUAUUAACUUUGUUUAUCUAAUCUACAUAGUCCAUUAAGUCUUAUUAAAUGUUGAAUUUUUGUUCAGUGACACUAAAAGGAAUGUCCUCUUUGACCCGAAACUGUAACUGAAGUAUUAAGGAUUACACUGUACUGGGGCGCCUUUGUCACCACAUUUGAGAGAGUUCUGGGAAAAAUGUGUAAUUUUGUCCAGUAGAACUGGGCGGAACGAGAUUGUGGCUUUUUAAAUCUUAUUUAACCUCUGGUUUGUAUGCAUUAGUAGACACAAGAUUUACUUGGAACUGUCUGUGAAAUGCUUUUCUUUCCUUUU